AUGAAAUUGAGUGCUGUUAUUACUAAAUCUGGCCGUUUUAAUGAGGCUGUUAUUGGUUAUGUUGUUCUCGAAACUCCUUCUCCAAUAACACUCAGUUAUGGGUUUCUUGAAAUAUCGAUGAGAUGCACGACUUUAAAAACGAUAAAAGAAAAAAAUUCUUUUAAAUUCACGUAUCUGGCUUCCACAGGUAUAGUCCCACCCGAUUACUUAUUGCGAGAUAUGACUGAUAUAAAUGCAAAGACUAUAGAUAUCAUAGAAUUAAUUGGUGCUAAGAGUCGACUUGAAAAAGAGUAUCCUCCUGGGAUUUACACAUUUCCAUUUUCUUUUAAAGUUCCCCUCGAUACCCCACCGUCGUCUUUAUAUCAUGAAGACCUACCAAAAAUUGAUUUUAGUUAUGGAGUUACCCCUUUUUUUGUUGACAAGAAGAAAUAUUGGAAAGGUAAUGUCACACUCUUCCCCGUCGUUUUUAGUUCUCCAGUUAUUGAAAAGGUCUUAUUCACAAAAGUUCAGAACACUUUUGUGAUGGGGGAGUCCGUGGUGACUCUUCUACUGCCCAAAAAGGAGUUUUUUAUAGGAGAAGACAUUGAUUUUCAUCUCAAAAUUGAGUCAAGAAGUCCACAUGAGAAUCAAGAUUACAUUGUUUCGUUAAUACAAAUGUAUAACACGUAUUUUCUCUUUAACAGAAAUGUUAUUCAAACAAUUGAAAUUAGUGGCGCCCAACGAAUAAGUGAGACUAAAAUAGUCUUUCAUCAAGAUAUCACUCUACCACCAAGUUUAAAUCGAAUAGAUAUAAAUGUGACAUAUUUCAUAGCAAUUGAAAUGGUACCAAAUACUAAAGAAAAAAAGAAUACCCAUAUAGAAACACUUUAUACUAUUAAUAUAUUAGCAAACGUCCCCGAUGAAGCACAAAUUGAAGACCAUCAAAAGAAAAGUUCAAUUCGGUUUGUAGACGAAAAAUUUUACUUUCCCGACCCUCCUCAAAAUUUUUUGUGUUGUGACUGUGGCUUAGAAAAAGUCAUGAUUGACGGAAAUAAAGAAGUGUUGUUGGACCACAUCAAUCGAGUCGUUUUGGAUACCACCAAACAGAACGUUGAUAUGAGAUACCCCCUCUUAGAGUCAGAAACGUUGCCGAGUGGGUGUGUAUUUGGGGUAUAUCGAGGUCAACGAUAUAUAGUAGAUUAUAUCAACAAGAAAGCAAAUUGGGACUUAGAAGAGGAGAGUUUGGAAGUCACACAAGCAGCUUCGAGUGAUUGCGCGAGUCCAAUUUUGACUAUUGAAGUUGUUGAGUCUGUUGGAUUGUGUGUGAAAGACUCUGAAACGCCGUCGACGGUGUAUUGCGCAGUGAUUAACGAAAGUGGGAAAUUGGUGAAGUCAAAGGAAGUCAAAAACGUCGAUCAAAUUUAUGAAAAUGCUCGUUUUGUUAUUCCAUUGAAUCCAAAAAGGAAGGAUGUUGUCGUUUACUUUUAUCACAAAAGAUUUUUAAUUAGUGACGUGUUUCUUGGAUGCGUGGAGUUUGAUUUGACACAUUUGAAGUUUGGGAGUAAUAUAGAGACGUGGUUCUAUUUGAAAGGCGGAGAUGAUGGAAACUCAAUUGUUUCGGGAAAAGCACUUAUUCGAGUGUGUUAUGAUAGCAAAGAGAAAAAAGAUGGAUGGGAUGUGGUCGGCGAAUUGUUUAGAGAAAAUUUUGAUUAUUCACUCGCACAUAAUAGAGAAAUGGAAAAAGCUAUUAAGGCACAAAACGCUUUAAGACAAAAACUAUUUGCACCACCAAUCUAUGAAAAAAGAGGAGAGGAGUAUUUCCCUGUCAAUUACGAUUACUAA